AUCUUUCCACAGUGUCAGCGUAUUGUCAUGUGAGAUACAGAGGAGGACAUGUUCAAUUUCCCUGAGUUCUGGAAUCCUUCCUACUGAAUUCAGCAGGCCUUCAUUCAGGCUUCGGCAGCUUCUUGAUGUUUGGAAAGCUCUGAGACCCAGCCUGUUGGACUACUUGUAACCAGCACCUAGGGCUACAGAAACUUACGUGUGGAAGAAUCUCUUUCUGAAGGAAGCAUCCAUCCUAUUGUUGCGAAAACUCUACCCAGGCCUUACAAGGCAGGAGAGUGAUUUGUGCUUCUACUGACACUGGUGUGUAAUCUCUGCUUCUUAUGCACUCCAGCACCCCUAUCAGUUCCUUGUUCUCCUUCACCAGCCCUGCAGUGAAGCGGCUGUUGGGCUGGAAACAAGGAGAUGAAGAGGAAAAAUGGGCAGAAAAAGCUGUUGAUGCCUUGGUGAAAAAACUGAAGAAGAAAAAAGGUGCUAUGGAAGAACUGGAAAGGGCUCUAAGCUGCCCAGGUCAGCCCAGCAAAUGUGUCACGAUCCCUCGUUCCUUGGAUGGGCGGCUUCAGGUUUCUCACCGCAAAGGGCUCCCCCAUGUAAUUUACUGCAGAGUGUGGCGUUGGCCUGAUUUACAGUCUCACCAUGAAUUGAAGCCACUGGAAUGUUGUGAGUUCCCAUUUGGCUCAAAACAGAAAGAAGUGUGCAUUAACCCCUACCAUUACCGGCGGGUGGAAACUCCAGUCCUACCACCUGUACUUGUUCCAAGACACAGCGAGUUCAACCCUCACCUCAGCCUUCUCGCCAAGUUUCGAAACACUUCUCUGCACAGUGAGCCACUGAUGCCUCACAAUGCCACCUAUCCUGAUUCUUUCCAGCAUCCUCCAUGCACCCCUUUUCCACCAUCACCCAGCCACAUGUUCUCCCAGUCGCCUAACAGCAUCAGCUACCCCAACUCACCAGGAAGCUCUUCUGGACCAGGAAGUCCAUAUCAGCUUACGGUGGAAACUCCGCCCCCACCCUACCACGCAAGAGAAACUCCAGGAAGCCACAAUGGGCGGUCAAUGGAUGCAAUAGCUGAAAGCCAACUAGUACUGUCUUUGCCCAACGGAGGUAAAUCUGCCGAUGGAGAAGCUGAAAAUUUUCGGCCUGUUUGCUAUGAGGAACCACAACACUGGUGCUCAGUUGCCUACUAUGAACUCAACAACAGGGUAGGAGAGACUUUCCAGGCUUCCUCUCGAAGUAUCCUUAUAGAUGGAUUUACAGAUCCCUCGAAUAACAAAAACAGGUUCUGCCUGGGACUGCUGUCAAAUGUAAACCGCAAUUCUACUAUAGAAAACACCAGAAGGCACAUAGGAAAAGGCGUUCAUCUUUAUUAUGUUGGUGGGGAAGUGUAUGCUGAAUGCCUCAGUGACAGCAGUAUUUUUGUGCAAAGUCGUAACUGCAACUAUCACCACGGUUUCCACCCAGCCACUGUCUGCAAGAUCCCCAGUGGCUGCAGCCUCAAGAUCUUCAACAACCAGCUCUUCGCCCAGCUGCUUGCCCAAUCAGUCAAUCAUGGUUUUGAAGUGGUAUAUGAGCUGACGAAGAUGUGCACGAUUCGAAUGAGCUUUGUUAAAGGCUGGGGAGCAGAGUAUCAUCGCCAAGAUGUUACAAGCACACCCUGCUGGAUCGAGAUCCACCUGCAUGGACCAUUGCAAUGGCUGGAUAAGGUUCUGACACAGAUGGGCUCACCUCAUAACCCCAUCUCUUCUGUCUCUUAAAAAUCAUCUCUAGAAUUCCCUUAGGAUGGAUGCUAUUGCAGGCAGUGGCUUAUAGGAUUUCCAGUGAACAGAAGCUUCUAUAUGUAGAUGUAUGCAGUUGUAAAUAUAUCUAUACAUAGUCUACUCUCCUAUUAUUUUUUUUUUCAUGCUACGUUUUGUGGUUUCUAGUUACUCUGAUGCCAGUACAAUAAUUAUAAGAAUUCAGGUAUAGCAUAUCUGUUCUCAAAAUAAGCCAAGUUCCUGCAAAAGUGUCAAGCAGUUCCCGUGAGCACCUUCAUUCCCCAGCCAAGCCAGUAAACGGUGCAAGUUCGAAGCACUUUCACGUGGAUUCAGAAACCUGGCUGUAGCUGUUCCUAGUAGGUGAAAUUCACCCUUCUGCAGGCAACAAAAGUCAGAUAUUGGCACCAUUUCUCUUCAUUUUACAUCCUAACUUCAGAUCUAAGAGAGGACUUUGGAUGGUGCACAGGAUGUAAGCAUUGAGAUGACUUUUCUCCAGUGAACUGAAGGAUUAAACAGCAAUUCCAGUCUGUCUCCAUACUGCAAAGCGCUGUGGGACAACAGAUCCUGUGAGGAGCCGAGACCCCUGGGUUUGGCAGGAGGAGAGAGCCCUUGAGGAGGGAUGCCUUUGGCUCUGGCGCCUUAUCAGAGCCUUCUGAACACAUCUGAGUAGUCUGAUACACUUAACACAGUAGUUUAUGGUACUGCUGCACUGAAAAGCAACAAGCUCCUAAGAAAAAAAAAAAAAGAAAAAUUGAAGUAUAUGCCUAGAAGUUUAAAAUCUAAUUAACUUCCAGUGCUUUUUUUUUUUUUUUUUUUUUUUGCAAAGUACGUACAUGCUUACAUAUGUAUCUGGCAUGUAAAUCCUAUCCAUUAUACAGUAUUGAUGUUGUUUGUUUUGAAGUUAGGACUAUCUGUAGUUAGACUACUGUGCUGAUACCGAGGGUACGUCUAAAAGGGACUUGAACUGUGAUUCAGGAAAAGGAAAUGAAGUGUGCAUCGAAGAACUGAGAAAUGAAACCAUCAUUCAGCUCAGGACAGUCUGUGUCGGGCAUGGGAAGGGCCAUGCUCACCAGAUACAGUGAGGAGGAGGUGAGAGGCAGUCAGGCUGGGCCCUGCGCUGUGCCGAUCCUCAAACCGACUGCAGUGCCCUGCUUUGGCAGAGGGGCUCCUGGCAUUUUGUUAAUGCGCACGGAUGGUUUCUCAUCUUGGAUACAGGCUUCAGCAUUUGCGGUGUUGUGGCCUUGCCUGCACAGGAUGGUGAGGCAGCAUAAGCCAUAAGCAAGAGAAGAGUGAGUCUACGUGUAAAGAUUACUUAACAGUUCCUUGUCUGCGAUACUGUAAGCAGGAGGAAUUAUGGUCCGCACUGUCAUCCCCAGAGCCAGCCUUUCCAAGUGCUGUUCUUUACUGGGGAGCCAUGGGAAGCAGUACCACAUUUUGAUGGUGCCCUUUACCUUGCUGAAAGGGUAAAGGAUUAUUUCCCUGCAAGCAUAACACGCCCCUGAAAACUGCUUUGUAUUAAGGGUCAACAAGAGUGGUAACUUCUCAAAUCUCACACACUAGCAUUACACUGAGAAAAAUAUGUUCUACGUAAUAUUUCUUUUCUUCUCACACAGUAUCUGGUGCUAAACAAUUUACUGCUUAACUACAAGAGAACAAGUGAAAUCUUCAGGUACAUCACAUAUGCAAAGCAAGUGAUAUUCACUGGAAAGACUUUCUGUGUCUUUUAGAUGCUAUGUAAUACCUGUUACAAGGUGGCAGCUGUGAGCGGAGCAGAAGGAUGCAUAAAACAGAGGGGUUACUUCCUCUAAACACACCGUCAGCUGCCUCCGGUGUUGGCAGGGCACAGGAGGAACAGAUGGUUGUUAAGUUUGAUCAGAAUUGUGGGUUUAUAGUAAGUUCAUAAAUAUGAAGAACUCAGUUCUGUCACCAUUUGCCAUCAACACCGUCAAUGUGGAGUAGGAAAAGCAUGACCUGUGGCGGUGAUUCCAGUAUGAAGGUCCCAGAUGUGCCAUUUUACUGCUUAGCAGAAUGAAGAAAGAUGGGUUUGGAAACAGACCUUCUCCUCAGCUCCCUUGGUCUUCAGUGUUACUGUAUUUAGCUGUUGAUACCAUUGUUUUCAGGGUGUCUUUUGUGCCAUUUCCAUGGUUGUCCUUUUCAUAUUGCUUAUCCCUUUUAUUUAGCAGCUAAGGACAGGGAAAUCAGCUCCCCUGUCCUAAAUUCUUCCUUGCCUCUUAGGCUGAAACUGCCUCCCCUCCUCACACAAAGAGAAGCCUAGGUGAUGCUUCUAGACAUCGCCAGCAUUGUCUUCUCUCUCCCAGAGAGCAAAGGGGGCUGUGCUAAGGUGCACUGCUCUUGGGCAGCUCCAGACCCCAGUUUCCUGCUGAUGCUGCAGAGGAAGAAUUGCAGACAGUGAAGAGGAGCAGUUUUUCUGAGGCAUUGUUCAUCUCAUCACGAGGUCUUUCAGGUGGAUCAGAUACACUGCAGCCUGAGCGUUCUUCUGUCUGCCUACUGUGUGUAAGGCGAACACAUGGUCGGAGAUGGACCGCUACACUGGAUGCAUCCAAAAGGAGGUGAGGUGAGCCCAUGGGGAGGUGAUGUUACAGCUUGGUAAUGAUGCCUCCUCAGUGAGCGUCUGUGCUGUUUAAGUGCAAGUUGGUAAAUUCAGAGCAGGUUUUCCUUUGCUGUAUUCCUGCUCUUGCAGCAGUCUUCACACAGGUAGCCCUUUUGGCCUCCAUGUGUGCAUCUCAUUAAAGGCUGUCACCUUAAUGUGCCCAUCCUCCUAACAGAAAGAAACAGGCAUUUCUGGAGCGUGCUUCUUCUGACCGACUUAAAUGCCUACAGUAAGAUGAGUCAAAUCAUUUAAAUAUUUGCUGAAAGACCCUCAGAAUCUUCUCUAGAAUCUGCAUUAAAAAUUGAGAUUUCUCCUAAUUUACAGCAAAGUACCUUUGUAUUUCUCUGUAUUUCUCUGUAAUGCCUCCCCAUUUUGGAAGAUCUUAUGUGCUGUAAGGUCCUCACGAACCCAUCACCCCAUGUAUUCAAUUUAUAGCCUUCAAAGGCAUUCAUUAAUACCCAGGCUUUUGAGAUGGAUUUCCUGAGGGAUUUAAAACCACUUACAGGGAGACUGCUUAGCUGAAGGCAGAUUUUUUUUAAUGUCUUUUGAGCCAUCAGCAUCAAACCCCGCUGAACGUUUCUGUGGAGAAGUACUGUGCAUCAGCGGGCAGCGAUGGGAGUUUGGUCAGGCUGUGGCAUACAGAACAUCUAUCAUGGUACUCAGACCUCUUGUUUUCUUAGUAAGUAGUUGAGAAGAGACUGUCUAAUUGCUGCCAGUUCAUCAGCAGCACCAGCAUUAACGUGCUGUUCACAUCCAGAGGGGUCUGACGUAGGUCUUACGCUGCCUGAAGCCAUUCCAAUGGCACUGCUGCUCUGCUUGGGUCUAAACCUUGGACUGCAACAGACAAUCAAUACAGUGGCUGGAGCACUCAGAAGUGCAGCACAGGCAUUGCUUCCCUUCAGAUCCCUCUCUACAGAGAACUCAGCCAGCAAGCACCAUGAUAAGCCUUCCUACAGCCUGAGCAUCCUCCUUGAAGAGGUCUCUGCCUCUAGCAGGGCAUGAGAGUGGGUGCCCCACGGAGAUCCCUUCUAGUUUACAUUGUUCUAUGGCUCUGUGUAGACGUUCAGCAGUAACUGGUUGUCACAGGCAGGAGCUCUCUGUUAGUGGAGACAGUGUCAAGAUGAAGCAUAUUUAUUUACCCUUAGCUAUUUCUGCAUGAGUUCAGUGCAGGACGAAGUUGUUAGAUAUUAAUGUUUCAUGAGUAUAAAACCAGCACUGGAAACGUCUCUCAUUGUAAACAUCAUCCCAUUACAUAGCUCUUAAAAUGGAGCAAAUCAGGCAUUUGUGACUACAGCUUUGUCUAAUUCACCCGUGUUCCUCCUUGCUCCUGGCAGGCAUCCCUGGCUGGUAAGUGCUCCAAGUCAAAGGCUGCGGUUGGACUUGAUGAUCUUCAAGGUCAUUUCCAACCUGGGUAAUUCUAUGGGUAAUUCUAAAGUUUCAGCAGUACUGCACAAACUUCAGAGGCUGCUCAGGCAGACAUGUCAGCUCCUUGGUUGGAUGCAAAUCAAGGAACUUGAUAGGCCUUAGUAGACUUCGAAGGGGUCUCAAGUACAUGGCUCCUUAUUGACUUCUCUGGUGCUGAAAGCCUGAGUGGGCAUUUAGUCUUUGUUCAGUGGAGAGAAAUUGCUCAGUGUCUCUAGUGCACACACUAUGCACCAGCAUAAGAUACAGCCUUUAGUUUGUGACCAUCAUUUAUUCAUAGGAGCUCCAGAGUGGCCAAGAUUGACCAGAAUUCUGUUGCCUGUUUCACUACAGGGCUUCCCAGCCAGCUUGCUUGGGUGUGCUUCAUGUUGCAUUGCCAUACUGCUGUCACACAUACCUGCUAGGGAGGUGAGGUGUGAGUCCAACCAAGAGCACAGCUCCACUUGCACCUGGGCUGGGCUUGCAGAGCUGGUGCCUGCACAGUUUGGUCUAGUGGUUGGCGACCCUGCCUGUGGCAGGGAGAUUGACACUAGAUAAUCUUUCAGGUCCUUUUCAACCCAGGCCAUUCUAUGAUUCUAUGAGAGGUAAUGAGGCUGAAUUGCAGGCCACGUCUCUUCUGUGAGACAAACGUAACCACUAUGUCCUCCGGUCAGCUACUCUUCCAGUAUAGCCAAUGUGAACAUUUGCAGCCAAUUGUGAACAGUUUUUAGAUCUUCAGUCAUAGUGUUUUUAUUAUCCAUGAAUGCUGCUAUUUUAUAGUCCGUGUUAGCACUUUAAUCCAUCAUUUCAGUGUCACCUCUGCGAUUUAAAUUAGGCUGAGAAAUGCGACAAGAAAGCGAAGGCCUUGGUGUGGAUUAAUGAAGCCAUAAUCCUGCAGUGUUGUGUGCAGCCAAGGGGCCAUAAUGGUGGAUUUAAGCAAGGUGUGGGUUUUUUUGUGUAAAGCAGUAGCUGUCACAGCCUGGUGCAGAAAAGAGCUGUGAAAAACAUCAAGAUUUAAUGGUACCACUUCUGUCUACGAACAAUUCUGCCCUCUCUCUUUUCCAUCACAGUCGAGGCAAAACUUCUUCACCACCUAGAAGAAAGUAAGUAGUAUUCACAGUGAGAUUCUGUAAGACCAUUGCGGAUCACUGCAUAAAUAACGCUACCUGGACUCUUGUCUCUCAAGAACAAAAAAUCUCAGACCUGCUUAGUUUCAGGAGCCUGAAGCGUUGGGGCAGCUCAGUGCUGCCCAUCAGCCCCGUGCCCUGACACAAAAAUACAAGCACUGCUAAUCAAGUGGAUGUUCUCCCAAGCAUUCCUCCUGUUGCGUCUGAUUUGAGGCAUCCUGAGGUCAACUUAUUUAGCCUGAUAUUUGAACAGUACACUUCUCAACACACUCCAUUUUCUUCGGCUGGAACUAUUCUAUUGUAAAAGGGAUUAUUCACGUCUUGUGUUUUACUGUUAAUAAAGUUAUUUCUGAUUUAAGAA